GGGGGGAGGACCGCGUACGAGAGAGGCGGCCAACCCCCCUCUCCCCGCCCACAGUAGUGCGGCCUCCUCCCCCAGUCCCCUGCAAGAUGGCGGUGUUUGCGGGGCUCCGUUCCGGCCUCAGUCGGAGGUAGCAGCGGACCUGGGGCCAGGCGACAGGGGGCGGCGAUGCACUUCUCCAUCCCGGAGACCGAGACCCGCGCCGGGGAAGGCGGCAACGGAGCCUACGUGGCCUACAAUAUCCACGUGAACGGUGUCUUGCACUGCCAAGUACGGUAUAGUCAGCUGCUGGGCCUGCAUGAACAGUUAAGGAAAGAAUAUGGUGCCAACGUGGUACCAGCCUUCCCCCCAAAGAAGAUCUUCACACUCACCCCAGCAGAGGUGGAGCAACGACGGGAACAGCUGGAGAAGUAUAUGCAGGCUGUACGACAGGACCACUUGCUGGGAGGCAGCGAGAUCUUCAACAGCUUCCUGCGCAGAGCUCAGCAGGAGACCCAGCAGAUCCCUACUGAAGAGGUGCAACUGGAAGUGCUUCUGUCCAAUGGGCAGAAGGUGAAGGUCAACAUCCUCACCUCGGAUCAAACCGAGGAUGUCCUCGAGGCUGUAGCCUCCAAGCUGGACCUGCCAGAGGACUUGAUUGGCUACUUCCACCUCUUCCUGGUACGAGAAGCCAAGGACGGAGCCUUUUCCUUCAUUCGGAAACUGCAGGAGUUUGAACUGCCGUACGUGUCUGUUACCAGCCUCCGCAACCCAGACUACAAGAUCCUUCUGCGGAAAAGCUACUGGGACUCAGCCUACGAUGAUGAUGUCAUGGAGCAGCGGGUGGGGCUGAACCUGUUAUAUGCCCAGACAGUAGCAGACAUUGAGCAGGGCUGGAUACUCGCCAGCAAGGAACAGCACCGACAGCUGAAGUCCUUGCAGGAGAAGGUCUCCAAGAAGGAGUUCAUCCGCCUGGCGCAGACUCUCAAGUAUUAUGGUUAUCUCAAAUUCGACCCCUGUAUUACCGACUUUCCAGAGAAAGGCUGCCAUGUCAUUGUCGGAGCUGGGAACAGCGAGCUGAACUUCCAGGUCAAGUUGCCGAAUGACCAAAUCAAAGAGGGGAGUUUCAAAGUGACCCGCAUGCGCUGCUGGCGGGUUACUUCCUCGGUCCCUGUGAACAAUGGUACAUCAGGCCCAGCAGCUGGCAAGUCGGAUGUGAAACUGGAACUGGCCUUUGAGUAUUUGAUGAGCAAGGACCGCCUGCAGUGGGUGACUAUCACCAGCCCACAAGCUAUAAUGCUGAGCAUCUGUCUGCAGUCUAUGGUGGAUGAGCUGAUGGUGAAGAAGUCAGGAGGCAGCAUCCGCAAGAUGUUCCGAAGGCGAGCCAAUGGUGCCCUGCAGCGUUCGGACAGCCAACAGGCAGUGAAGUCGCCUCCACUUCUGGAUUCUCCUGACGCCAAUAGGGAAUCAAUUGCAAAGGUCUCGAGCAAGCUCAGCUCUGUCAGCCUGCGGGCAAUCAGCCAUUCCAGCUCUUCCACUGACAUCCGGGCCAACGACUUCCACGGCAACUUUGCCUUUGAAGGCAUUGGCGACGAGGACCUUUAGGCGCCUGGCCCUGCUGCAUCUGUGGAAUGUAUGACCUGCUCCAGGGUUGUGAGAUGGAUCUGCCUCAAUCAACCCCAGCUGGCCUCCCCCGUCCUCCGCAACCCGUGCCUGCAGCCUGUGGGGACUUGCUUUGCCCUUUGCAAGGCAGCCGCAUGGGACAACCGGCUGGCAGCUUCCGCUCCAUACAUGCCAAGUUAGGGUAGAGUGGACACUUGCACAAAAAGAAAGAGCAUUCAUGGCUCUGGCGCUAACCAUAGACUCCAGCAUAACCGCUAGGCUUAUAACCUUGUUUUUAUCUUCCUGCUGUUUACAGAUGAACAUUAACGAAUGUUUGUGGCAAUGAUUAAAUAGUCCAUGAUUGGGA